AUGGUUCCUUCCUUGGCUCAUAACAACCAUGAUUCCUUGAGAUUUGACGGUGCAAUCAACGUGGAUAUUACCGAGUUCCAGACAAACCUGGUUCCAUAUCCUCGUAUUCAUUUCAUGCUUUCAUCUUAUGCUCCUGUAAUAUCCGCUGCAAAGGCCUACCAUGAGCAGAUAUCAGUUCCGGAGAUCACCAACUCAGUUUUCGAGCCAUCAAGUAUGAUGGCUAAGUGUGAUCCUAGACAUGGAAAGUACAUGGCGUGCUGCCUUAUGUAUCGUGGAGAUGUUGUGCCUAAAGAUGUGAAUGCAGCAGUUUCAAAUAUCAAAACAAAGAGAACAGUUCAGUUUGUUGACUGGUGUCCAACUGGUUUCAAGUGUGGUAUAAAUUACCAGCCACCAACUGUAGUACCGGGAGGUGAUCUUGCCAAGGUGAUGCGCGCGGUUUGUAUGAUAAGUAACAAUACAGCUGUUGCCGAGGUUUUCUCUCACAUUGAUCAUAAAUUUGAUCUCAUGUAUGCUAAGAGGGCAUUUUUAUUGUCAUGCACUCAUGGCUGUUAAGAAUUAUAUUGACAUGCAAAAAAGAGUUAAUAAAUAGUUCACAUAUAUGAUUGAUUUUAA